AUGAGCAACGAAAAGCCCAAAGCUGACUCUACUAUUCGUAUGUCUACACGACCCCAAACAGGCAAUAAACGAACCGAAAGUCUUAAUCACCUGCUCAACUUUACGCUUCCACCUCGUUCUCAGCCACUUCUUCAGAAUGUUCCUCGGCGGAGUCGCAAGCCAAAUAAUGUGUAUUACAAUCCCGAAAAGUUUUUGAACGCCCAAUAUAGGUUUGUCAUGAAACCCACAGGUGAUUAUACGGUCCAUUUUGCGGACCCAGACAUAUUCUUCCAAUGGGAGGAUAUCUUACAAAUCUUAGUUCCACGCUCUUCGGCAUUUGCCUCCGCUGGAACAACGGCUGAGGGGGUCACCACAUGCCCGAUAUGUUUAUCCCCGCCAACGGCACCCAGAAUGACCAAAUGUGGACACGUUUAUUGCUUCCCUUGUAUCUUGCACUAUUUGCAACUUGGAGACAACACUAAAUGGAGUCGUUGCCCGAUUUGCUUUGACUCGGUCAACGAGAAACAGCUCAAAUGCGUGCGAUGGGUUGAUCCAGUAGAAACACACCCCACUUCCCUGGUUCCACAAGACGAUUCGGGCAUUGAAGAGGGUGCCCAAGUGGAUACCAACCAAGAAACACAAACUUCUUCAUCCGAGCAGCGCACGAUUCAUUUGCGUUUGAUGUAUCGUCCACAGCUCACUACGUUGGCACUCCCACGUUCAGCAACAUGGCCCUCCCCUGCGGUACCACCACAUCAAGCCCCUUGGCACUUUGUACCUGAUGCGUCUGCAUUUGCUCGAUUUGUGCUUGCGACACCGGACUUGAUCGUCAAGCAACUUGAAGAAGAGCUGGUUGCGUUAGAAGUCGAGCGCGUUAUGCUUGCAUCAUAUGACACACAGUCAAGUACUGCAAACGUGAUUGGAGUCAAGGCGGCGGCGAAGCCCUCUAGCGAGGGUCUUGGAGUUGUAUUUGUUCGAGCCGCAGAGGAACGAGUAAAACUUCAGAUCGAGAAGGCGCGGGCUUCAGACACCGAAUGGUUGCAAGCAGCCGUGAAACGUGCUGAACGAGAUAUCGCCUCAGCAGAGCGCUCGGCUACUCGCGCUACACAGACCACGACUAGGCCUCCAGAAGAGCAUCUGCUCCCGACGGAUCCAAGAGGCGUCGCCGCUAGCGUGGAGAAUGUAACUCCGGGUCCGACUUCGGCACCGACACCGGUGAACGGCAAACCCAGGCGCCGGAACGUUAAUCCUCCCUCGCGGGAUACGACGCCUCCUACAUACCACUUUUACCAAUCAAGCACAGGUCAGCCUGUUUUCCUCCACCCGCUUGAUAUCCGGAUUCUGCUCGCCCGGUUCCAUACGUAUGAUUCAUUUCCCUUGGAACUUACCCUUCCCAUCGAAUCGCUUGAUAUCGGCUCGGUAAAUCACGAUCUACGGCGUAGGUGCAAAUAUCUUAGCCAUCUUCCGGAGGGCGGAGAAGUGGUAUUCGCACAGGUGAACGUAAGGGGAGUAGUGGGAGAAGAUGCUUGGCGCGAAGGGGGGUGGGAGGGACUAGUUGAUCGCCGAAAGAAAGAACGGGAAACCAGGCAUCGUAAAGAGGAACGGGACCGUGUCAGAGGCGAGGAAAAGGAAAGGGAAAAGGCCAGGCUGCUCGGCGCAUAUGGCCCACCGAGUGAGCGAGAGGGCGGUGCUUGGGGAAUGAGCGAGGAUGUGCCCGACCCCGAGUUUUUCUCCCCUAUCUCCGCGCCCGUGGCCGAUGUACACCCCGUGGCCGAAACGUCCGAGCCUCAAGCUUCUUCGCAGCCCCCGGCAUGGGGACCUCGAUCAUUUGCAUCUGCACUGCACUCUGCGUCAACUGGCACACCUCGCCGCCAAGCGCCCGCCAUUCGGGACGAAGAUGCAUGGGAGGUGGAUAUGGCUUGGCAUGACCUAGAGGAGCAACACGCUCGUAACUCGACUGCGGGUGGCGGAGCGAGCGGAAAGAAGAGCAAGAAAAAACUGGUUCUAAUGGGAGGUGGCCCGGGUAGGCGUCGGUAG